AUGCGUCACCAGCAAACAUCUGCCCGACAGUAUGCCCGUCCUGGCUGCUGCUACGACAAGCCCAUCGUGAUCAAUGACGACGAGCAGACGGCACCCACUAGAACAAAGACCAAGCCCAUCUCCAACCAUACGGCCACGUGGCUGGAGGCAAAGGCAAGGGGCAGAUGGCAGACACCCACCACAACAACGGCCGAAUCCACCUUCACCAAUGAGGCGACAUGUCUUGAGCAAAAGGCGGGGGACAGGUGGCAAGGCAGUGUCAACAGGCCUGCAGUUCGAGCUGAAACAUCGCAGCGUUGCCGAAAACGGGCGUUUGCAGACGUUGGUGACGACAGUGACGAAACCAACGGUGGUGGAAAGCGGUUGCGGAUUCCUGAAAUGGGCAUGGCCGAAGGCGAGGGCUGUCCAGAUCAACACACAUCCCAGAUAAACCCUCGACCCUUCCAUCGGAACAAUCGCUAUCAACUCACCAACCCGUCUCAUCUCAUCACCCACUCUCGUCUCACCAAACAAUCUCAUCUCACCAAAAUCGAUGACGAGAACCCUGCAAGCGAGCUAGCAGAGCUCGAGGCGGGCCUGCGAACUAUGCAGCGGAACAUGGACCUGGAGCGUGCUACCAUCAGGGACAUCCAGAAGGCCGAAGAGCAAGCACGAAUCCAAAAAGAGGAGAAGCAAGCUCGCGAGGCUGAGAUACGAGAGCAAAACUACCGAUUCACGGUCCAGUCCAGCCUUCACAAGAUGUGGCAAGAUUGCGACCGAGAGCGGGAGGCUGUCGAGGAGCGCCGCAACAUCAGAGAGCGUGAGGAGCGUGAGGAGCGUGAGGAGGCGAAGAGGAGAGAACGGCAGGCGGAACAGGAGAGGUUCGACGAGCUCUCAAACAUGGAAGCAACCCUGAAGAGCAUGUGGAAGGCGCAUGAUCUCGAGAGGGGAAUACCUGCGAAGAUCAGACCUGGCCAGCUAUCGGAGGCGGGUCAAAGGCGGGUGAGAGAGCGGGCUGAGAAGCUGAGACACCAAAAACAGUGA